AAAAAGUAACAGUAAUUCACGAGGAAAAGAAAGAAGAUGAAGUUAGCGAGCAAGAUUUUACUACUAGCGGUAGCACCACCCCAGUGGAAAAAGAAGGAACGGGAAUAAGAGAAACCUUAACUUUGGCUAUUUUGGCUUCCAAGGGUAGGGGUAAUAUUCGCUAUCGUAAAGGUUUAUUAUUAGUUAACUUAUCAGGCAAAGAUAUUCAACAAAAAUUUCUGCUGGCUAGUGAGAAGAAAGCAUUAGAAGAAAAAGUAAAUGACUUGUUAGUUAAAAGUGCCAACCCAGAAAAUUGCUUGGAAGAAUUAAAAAACUCUGCCGAAGAGAAAUUGGAUUUACUCAAAAAGGCUUUACAAAAUGUGGAAGAUGAAUUAGAUGAAAUGGCUGCCGUGCAAGCCUUUGAAGUUAGUUAUGAAUUGGCUUGA